AUGCGGCUCCGGGUCCCGCCGGGCGCUCCCGCCGCCCUCAAGGUGCUCGCGGCCGCCGCCGCCGCCCCCGCGCCCGUCCGGCCGCACCUGGACGGCCCCGCAGAGCGGCCGAGCCCCGGCGGGCCCGAGCUGGAGCUGGACAGCGGCACCGUGCUGUUCUCUGCCAACGCCAUCUGCCAGUAUUUUUACCUGUGCCGCGGGGAGGAGCCCACCGACCUCAUCACCCAGUGGCUGGAAUGGGAGGCGACCGAGCUGCAGCCGGCGGUGGCCGCUGCCCUGUACCUGCGGCUGGUGCAGGCCCGGCCGGGGCCCGACGCUCUCGGUGUCCUGCAGCCCCUCCUGGCUCACCUGGAGCAGCACCUGGCCCGGAGCGGCACCUCCCACCUGGCCGGGGAUGCCGCCUCGGUCGCUGACGUGGUGGUGUGGGGCAGCCUGUUCCCAGCGCUCCAGGACGAGACCAGUCUGCCCAGUGAGCUGCAGGUGCUGCGCUCCUGGUUCCGGGCCAUGUCGCAGUGGGAGCCGUGCCGGGACGUGGCCGCGCUGCUGCCGGAGGCGCUGCGGGAGCUCCGGACACACCUGGCCCAGCACCCCCCGCCCAUCCUGGCCCCUCGCCACGAGCCCCAGGACGAGGAGAGCCCGGAGCGGAUGCUGACCGAUGACGACAUCACGGCCGCCGUGGACAUCUGGGCCCAGGGCCCUGCGGCGCUGCCCCCGCUCCGGCCCCCACGGACACCUGUGUUACCUGUGGAGGGCGAGAGGAACGUCCUGAUCACCAGUGCGCUGCCCUACGUCAACAACGUCCCUCACCUGGGCAACAUCAUCGGCUGCGUCCUCAGCGCCGACACCUUCGCCAGGUACUGCCGCCUGCGCGGCUGGAACACGCUGUUCGUGUGCGGCACGGACGAGUACGGCACGGCCACGGAGACGCGGGCGCUGGAGGAGGGGCUGAGCCCGCAGGAGCUCUGCGACCGCUACCACGCCCUGCACGCCGACGUCUACGCCUGGUUCCGCAUCUCCUUCGACCACUUCGGCCGCACCACCACGCCCCAGCAGACCAGGAUCGCCCAGGACAUCUUCCAGCGGCUGCUGGCGCGGGGGUUCCUGCUGCAGGACACGCUGGAGCAGCUCAGGUGUGAGAGCUGUGGGCGGUACCUGGCCGAUCGCUUCGUGGAGGGCACCUGUCCCUUCUGCAGCUACGGCGAGGCCCGCGGGGACCAGUGCGAGAAGUGUGGGAAACUCAUCAACGCUGUGGAGCUCAAGAACCCGCAGUGCAAGAUCUGCCGCGGGACCCCGGUGGUGACGCCCACCCAGCACCUGUUCCUGGACCUGCCCAAGCUGGAGGGGCCGCUGGAGGCCUGGCUGGAGCGCACCUGGGCCACAGGGGACUGGACGGCCAACGCGCGGCACAUCACGCGCACCUGGCUGCGGGACGGGCUCAAACCGCGCUGCAUCACCCGCGACCUCACCUGGGGCACCCCCGUGCCCCUCGACGGCUUCCGUGACAAGGUGUUCUACGUGUGGUUCGACGCUCCCAUCGGGUACCUGUCCAUCACUGCCAACUACACCGAGCACUGGGAGCGCUGGUGGAAGAACCCCCAGCAGGUGGAGCUCUACAACUUCAUGGCCAAGGACAACGUCCCCUUCCACAGCGUCGUGUUCCCCUGCUCGCUGCUGGGCGCCGACGACAACUACACCCUGGUGAAUCACCUGAUCGCCACAGAGUACCUGAACUACGAGGAUGGCAAGUUCUCCAAGAGCCGGGGCGUGGGCGUGUUCGGGGACAUGGCCAAGGACACCGGGAUCCCUGCUGACGUCUGGCGCUUCUACCUGCUGUACCUGCGGCCCGAGGGCCAGGACAGCGCCUUCUGCUGGGCCGACCUCCUGCUCAAAAACAACUCUGAGCUGCUCAACAACCUGGGCAACUUCAUCAACAGGGCUGGCAUGUUCGUGUGCAAGUUCUUUGGGGGCACCGUGCCCGACAUGGCGCUCACAGCUGAGGACCAGCGGCUCCUGGCCCGGGUCACCCUGGAGAUACGCCAGUACCACCAGCUGAUGGAGAAAGUCCGAAUCCGCGACGCGCUCAGGUGUGUGCUCGGCAUCUCCCGCCACGGCAACCAGUACAUCCAGGUGAACGAGCCCUGGAAACGCAUCAAGGGCGACCAGAGGGACAGGCAGCGCGCAGGGACAGUGACGGGUGUGGCAGUGAACGUGGCGGCCGCUCUGGCUGCUCUGCUCCAGCCCUUCGUGCCCGGGGUCAGCGCCGCCAUCCAGGAGCAGCUGCAGAUCCCCCCGGAGCGCUGCGGGCUCGGGCCCGGCCUCACCUGCACCCUGCCCGCGGGGCACCGAGUGGGCACGGUGAGCCCCCUGUUCCAGAAGCUGGAGCCCGAGCAGGUGGAAGCUCUGCGGCAGCGCUUUGGGGGAGGGCAGGCCAAGCAGCCGCCCCCAGCCCCAGCCCCCAACACUCCUGCAGCUCCAGGUGACCCCAAACGCAUCCAGGAGCUGACAGAGCAGGUGGCCAAGCAGGGCAACCUGGUGAGGCAGCUGAAGGCUGCCCAGGUGGAGAAGGCCCAGGUGGACGCCCAGGUGGCCAAACUGCUGGAGCUGAAGCAGCAGCUGGCGCUGGCCGAGGGCCGCAGCCCCGAGGUCCCCAAGGGCAAGCGGAAGAAGUAGCCCCAGUAACCAGACUGGGAGUGGCACCAGUGCCUCCAGUAACCAAACUGGGCCGUGCUGGUUGUGGUUAGAUGUGUGUAAUAAAUGACAAAGAGCUGUACAACGGCAUGGAGAAGCUGCA